CGAGAAUGUAAAAAGAAGUGUUCACCAACUACCAUAAUCCCACGGCUAAGAUUCAGGAUCUAAUAAAGAACGAAGUCUCCACAGAUGAGAAGAUAUGACCGGAACGAACAGGCCACGGAGGUUGUGAUCCUACCAAGAUCUAAACUGCAGCUUUUGCUUUUCCCGAGUCCAAACGUGCAAGGAUCUACAAACAAGCGGCAUGAUCUAAGGGAGGUUCUGGUCUAGGUGAUACAGAUCAUCGAAAGACGAGCAUUGGUUUUUGGUUGUGGAGACAACAUGGUCUCCGAGUUUUUGUCAUUCAAAAUAGAAUAAGAGAUCCACCCCCAUUUCGGUAAAAGAGUAGGCACGAUUAGGAUCCUAAGGAACUAAACCUAAAUACAUGGUUUAGACUAAACCUAAAUACAUGGUUUAGUUCUUUCAUCAUGACACAAAAAAGUUCCUUUUGGCGCUAGGAAGAUCAUCUCCAUGGAUCAGUGUAGCGCUACGCUGAAUCAAGAAAUUGUAAGAUCUGGUGCUUUGCCUUGGGAAAGCCGGAUUUCGUAUCAAUCUACUCUACUUGAGGUCAUUCCUCUUAUUGCGUCACCAUCAACUGAUUUAUUUUGUGUUGUAAAAUUCUAAACGCAGGGAAAAGAAGGAACUCGACGCGUGUCGGAGUUGAGAAUCUCACUUUUGUAGUUCGUACAAGACAAAAUGCCGUUCGUCAAGGUGCAGAAGAAUAAGGCGUACUACAAACGUCUCCAGACGAAGUACCGCCGUCGUCGUGAGGGAAAGACGGACUACCACGCCCGCCGCAAGAUGGUGGCUCAGGACAAGAACAAGUACAUUUUUUUAGAUUUAAGUUAUUGUUUUUGUUAGGGUUUAGACUGUUGCUACGUUUGGCAAGCACUCGAACCUUAAAAUGAGUAUAGAAAGUCCCUUUAGAUCGAGAUGUAUGUCUUGUGUUACUGUUCGUAGAGGUUGAAUGCACCCUGACGGAACAUAAUUUUGUGCCGCCACCUAAACAUUGGCACCACGCGCUGGCUGCAAUUCCUGUGUAGCCAGGAAUCAAAAUGGAACGCUUUUUUUUCAAAUACGGAAACGUCUUACUUUUCUUGAUCUACUCACAGGUACAACACUCCGAAGUACCGUCUGGUCUGCCGUAAGACCAACAAGAAGGCUAUUUGCCAGAUCGUUUACUCCACGAUCUUGGGAGAUAAGGUCUUGUGUCAGGCUCAGAGCACGGAGCUCGAGAAAUACGGUGUCCCGGCCGGCUUCACGAACUAUGCCGCUUGCUACGCUACCGGACUCUUGGUCGCUCGCCGCGCCCUCGAUAUCGUCGGUAUGGCCGAUGCCAUCACUGGCGCUGAGGAAGCCACUGGUGAAGAAUUCCACGUCGAGGAAGAGGUAUACUUGCUUGUCAUUCGAUCUUGCUAUUUCGCAGAAUCCGGAAAGCUAGUGUAGAACACUGCAGUGCCUUCCAUGUGUAUCCAUUUCCCAAACACGGGAAAGUUUCCAGAGAUUUGAAGAUUUCGUGACAAACAUGAAGUGAUAUACAACAACAGCACCUUGUUCUCCAUCAAACCAAAAUUUAGGAGAACGAGCGUCGUCCGUUCAAGUGCAUCUUGGAUGUCGGUUUGACCCGCACUAUCGCUGGAUGUCGCGCAUUCGCUAUGCUGAAGGGAGCCGUUGACGGUGGACUUCACGUUCCGCACAGCGUCAAGAAGUUUCCGGGUUUCAAGGAAGCUGACGAGAAAGGUGGCGACUACGAGUAUGAUGCCGCUGCGCACCUCGAGCGUAUCCUCGGAACUCACGUCCAGGAAUAUAUGGAGAUGUUGCAAGAGGAGGAUCCGGAACGUACACAAUUAGAAAGAUGAAUCGCAAAGCUUGGUUGCCGGUUUCGUGAUAUGCUAAAGAAUUCUUUUCGGUUUCAAUCUAAUGAAGUGCCGUUGCACCCUCAUCGUAUUGCUAGCCUUUUUGGGAAGGCUUGUAUUCAUCCAGCUCGGUAAUCAUGCGUUUCCGUCCAAACAAAUCUUGACAUCGUGUCUGGGGACUCACCCUCUCCGAUUCUCCUAUCAUACAUUUCUACCAACUCCAACCGUCUACAUCACAGGUUACAAGGUCGCUUUCUCCAAGUUCAUCGAGAACGGCAUCGAGCCGGAUGGCUUGGAAGAUAUGUACAAGGAGUGCCACUCCAAGAUCCGCGAAGACCCGAAGUUCGUCAAGAAAGAGGCUUCCGGUAUUAAGAACACUGUCACCGGAAACUUGGUCACCACUUCCCAGGGAAACACCUACACGCGCUUGGUGAAGAAGUCUCUCGCUCAGCGUAAGGACCGCGUCCGCCAGAAGCUCGCCACCGCUCGCGCUAAGCUCCUCGCGGCUAUGGGUGACGCCGAGGAGGAAGAAGAAGAGUAGACAGCGACUUCACAAGCUUCUGCAUUUCUUGUUAAGCGCGGCGAUGACCAGCUUAGUAAACGAACCGAAGAAGAGGUGCGGAAAGUGUCGGGAGGGUUGACUCGGGCCCAUGGGGGAGAAGAAGGACGAAGAUACCACGCAGUAUUGAACUGAUGUUCCUUACACUUGAUGUUCCUCGACGACUUAAGCCUGAGCUGGCGACGAAAACUUUGUGCGAUGAACUGCAGCAAAAAGUGAGAAUUCCAAAAAACACAUGGUGUAAGCAAACACCUGUGACUACGC